AUCCCUCUCGUUCUCUAAACCAACAAAUAAUGUCAUCCUCGCAUCUUCAUUCCAUAAAUAACAGUCAAACUUCGCUAACUCUGUUUGAAACUUCAACACGUUCCUCCACACCUCAACAAGCUGACUAUCAUUCAUUGAUCCACACACUGCUAAACGACACUUCUGCCACCCGUAACAAUCUCAAACGACAACUUCCUAUUCGCUCCUGGAACAGUGGCCCGUGGCCGUCCUGCGCAGCGCAUUUAUAUCCAUCUAUCUCCGCAACCCUCUCUUUUUACUUCACAAUCUCAUUAUCACCGGUCGCUACCACAUAUAUUCAUUCACAGGUUUCUUUUUAUCUUUUUUCCAGUUUUGUGUAUGGCAACAGUAACAUCAAAUAUUGAUCCGAACAAUGGUUUCUGCAAAGAAACCAAAACUUUUCAUAGCUUGAGACCGUCGACUCCUUUACCACCGUCCGACCAGCCACUUUCCAUUGCCCAAUACGCUGUCUCUCUCCUUAACUCCACCACUGCUAACCUCACCGCCACAACUUUCCUUAUAGACUCGAACACAGCCGAAUCUCUUACCUUCUCCCAAUUCCUUAACCGAACACGCUCUCUCUCCUUCUCUCUCAAAACUCACUUCUCCCUAUCUCCAAACGACGUCGCUUUCAUUCUCUGUCCAGCUUCCCUCCACGUCCCUCUUCUUUACUUCUCUCUUCUCUCUCUUGGCCUCACUAUCUCUCCCGCCAACCCCCUCAGUUCUAACUCGGAGGUCGCUCACCAAACUCAACUCUCUCAGCCUAAAAUUGCCUUCGCCACCUCACAGACAGCUCACAAGAUUCCCUCUCCGCCCUCAGGCACCAUUCUGAUCGACUCCCCGGAGUUUCUCUCUUUUCUUCACAAUUCAAACACUGCCACGUAUGUGAGCGUGAACCAGUCCGACCCGGCAGCUAUUCUUUAUUCAUCAGGAACAACAGGAAAAGUCAAAGGUGUAAGCUUGACUCACCGGAAUAUAAUAGCGUUGAUCUCGGGGUUUUAUCACAACAAGGGUCAAACAGACCCGAACGAACCCGAACCUGAGCCAGUCUCACUUUUUACGCUGCCCCUGUUUCAUGUGUUUGGGUUCUUUAUGUUGGUAAGAGCAUUUGCUAUGGGAGAGACAGUGGUUUUGAUGGAAAGAUUUGAUUUUGAAGGAAUGUUAAGAGCUGUGGAGAAGUAUAAGGUUGCAUUUAUGCCGGUUUCUCCACCGUUGAUUGUGGCUUUGGUGAAAUCUGAUUUAACUAAAAAGUAUGACUUGAGUUCUUUGUUGUUCUUGGGGUGUGGUGGCGCACCUUUGGGUAAAGAUGUUUCCGAUAGGUUCAAGGAUAAAUUUCCACAGGUGGAGAUUUCCCAGGGAUAUGGGCUGACUGAGACUGGAGGUGGGGCAGCAAGGAUGAUAAGUCCUGAAGAAUUCAAGCAGCAUGGUUCUGUUGGUCGCCUGGCUGAAAAUAUGGAAGCUAAGAUUGUCGAUCCUGUAAAUGGAGAGGCCUUGCCUCCUGGCCAAAGAGGGGAGCUUUGGUUGCGAGGGCCGACUCUCAUGAAAGGUUAUGUAAAAAAUGAGAAAGCAACUGCUGAAACAUUAGAUUCAGAGGGUUGGUUAAAGACUGGAGAUAUUUGUUAUUUCGAUUCCCAAGGGUUCCUCUAUAUCGUUGAUAGGUUAAAGGAACUGAUAAAAUACAAGGCAUAUCAGGUGCCUCCAGCUGAGUUGGAACAGUUACUUCACUCCCAUCUUGAAAUUGCUGAUGCUGCUGUGGUUCCGUAUGCUGAUGAAGAGGCAGGACAAAUCCCCAUGGCGUAUAUAGUGAGAAAACCAGGAUCUGAUAUUACAGAAGCUGAAGUUAUGGAUUUCAUUGCAAAACAGGUUGCACCAUACAAGAAGAUAAGGAGAGUAGCUUUUAUAAAUGCAAUUCCAAAAUCUCCAGCAGGAAAGAUCCUGAGGAGGGAGCUGGUGGAUCUUGCCAUCUCCGAUCAUUCUUCCAAAUUAUGAUCCAGUCACUUCAAACAAAUAUGAGAACACAGCACCUUAGCCUUGGUAGAGAAAUGCAUAUCAAGAUAUUCACCAUUUCCGGCGCCAUAGCUUGAAGAUUCCAAUGGCUAGUCAGUAAUUAUAGGGACUACUCGAUCGGUGAUAAUUCUUGAUUGUUCAAGCUAUAUAUACAUCACCAAAAAUGUGUACCAACGCCAAUAAUAUAUUUAUCCUAUUGACUCGGGA